AAAAAGAAUUUAGUGGAUUAAACCCCAUCUUUCGUGCUUCUUUGGUUUGCUGGUGGGCCUCUCCUCGCUCUUAUCUUGUUUUGUCCGCUCUGUGUUCACAUUUCUUGGUUCUUCUUGGCGUUACAGAACCGUUACCUUUCAAGAUUUUCACUUUCCCAACAACAGACAAUCACUCACACCAAGAAAGAAAGCAUUUUCCAUUUGGGUGUUUCUCAACUCGAGUACCCUCUUCUUUUUCUGGCUUCCAAUUGGCAUUUAUUUCGCGAAUUACUAGGUGGGUAUUCGUAAAGAAUUUGAAGGACAUUCUGGGUACAAACUGGUUUCUUUUCUUGUGGUUGAGUUGAUGAAUUGAUGUCGUUGGCCGUUGAAGCUGUUUCUAGUUCCACUAACAUGGGGCUUGAGGAAAAUAAGGAAGGAGAGAAGAGUGGAUUUGAGGAGAAUGGGGAUGAAAAACAAAGCAUGAAGAGAGUUGGGAGUGAAUCCUCUUUUUAUGAAACUGAGGAUGAAGAAGAAGAUAAACAGAUUGAAUUGGGUCCUCAGUGCACCCUCAAGGAACAAUUUGAGAAGGAUAAGGAUGAUGAGAGCCUGAGAAAAUGGAAAGAACAGCUUCUUGGAAAUGUUGAUAUUAAUGAUGUUGGAGAAUCACUGGAACCAGAAGUGAAGAUCCUUAUUCUUUCAAUCCUGUCUCCAGGGAGAUCUGAGAUUGUUCUUCCUAUACCCGAAGAUGGAAAACCUAAAGGCCCAUGGUUUACGUUAAAAGAAGGUUGUCGUUAUAGCCUCAGAUUCUCCUUUCAAGUCGGCCAUAACAUUGUUGCAGGUUUAAAGUACACCAAUUACGUGUGGAAAACCGGUGUCAAGGUGGAUAGCACGAAACAGAUGCUUGGUACUUUUAGUCCUCAGCAAGAAGCAUACACUUAUGACAUGCCUGAAGAGACCACCCCUUCUGGAUAUUUUGCAAGAGGCUCUUACUCUGCUAAAACAAAGUUUGUUGAUGAUGACAACAAAUGUUACUUGGAGAUCAACUAUACGUUUGACAUCCGGAAAGAUUGGGCGAGCAUUUAAAUGUUGUAGAACUUUCGGCUUGAAAUCUCUUUAUUAUAGUACCGAAUCAUAGUGUGGUGAUAUUGUUCGUAAGAUUGGGUCGUAAGCUUAAUCGAGUCUACCGGUGAUGUCAUACUUGCUCUGUGUAAUCUGUUGUUUCAUAUAGAGUUGGUGAUGGUUUGUGAUCUCUAAAUGCUAAUGGUUUGUAGUUUUGGGCCUGUGUUUCUGGCCUAAACUUAUGGACUUACUGUGCCUGUGAUGAUUUUGAAUUAUAUAAUUACAUUUUUU